CACGCGCGUCCUCGGAGCUUCGGUUGCCGAGAGUGGCCGUUUGCGUCUCCAUGGUAACGACAGGCUGGGCCCAGCUGCUGAUGGUCGUUUGCUGUUGUCUUUCACCAGGUGGCUACUGAUGUUUUAAACAUGUCACGUGCACCAAUACCUCCAAUACAUAUCGGUGCCACAGUACCUGAAUCACUUACUGUGCUUCAGCAUCGGAUCAUUGCAGCUGAGGAGCAAACAGAUGCUUUAAUUCAAGACUUAGAAAGCCUGGGAUAUGGUAUUGAAGAUUGUGGAGCACCUAAAACUGGUAGUUAUGACAGUUGCAAGCCUGUCAGUCCUCUCCACACUAGAAAAGCUUUUGGCACUGAAGGUGAUAUAUUGUGGAAAAGCUAUGAAUUUUUGGUGAGUCGUGUUUGCAGGCUGGAAAGUGUUAUACAAACAGUGAAAUUGAAUGUAUUUCGAAUACAGACAGCUAAAGAACUCAACCCUGAAUAUUCAGUGGACCAGCUAGCUGCAAUGCAGGAAGAGCAUAUUCAAGAAAUAAAGAAAUUACAGAGGGAAAUUAUUCAUUUCAGACAGCAGCUGAAUGAAGCUAGUGAAGAAAAAGCAGCAGCUCAGGAAGAAAUAGACAGGCUGAGUGCUGCUCUGGAAAUAACCACAACAACUAAGACAAAUAUGGCAAUGGCGGCAGAAGAACUUAAAGCAACAAAUAACAGAAUGAGCCAAAAAAUGCAAGAGGUGAUGCAAGAUCUGGACCAGGAAAUAAAUCUCCGAAAGUCUUUGGAAGAAUCCCAUGUUCAUCUGUUACAACGUGUGCAGGAGUUGGAUAAAGUAGUGGAGGUUGAACGAAAGCAGGUCAAGUUGCUGCAGCAGGACAGCCUUGCACUUAGAAAUGAUGAGCAGCUGGCUCAGAAGAGACUGCAACAAGAACAGCAGAAAACAAAUGAUUUGGAGAAUAUUGAAAAGCAGCUAAAAGCAGAAUCAGAUGCUAAGGAAUCCAUUAUUUCCCAGUUGACAGAUGAAGGCAAGAAAAUGCAACUAAUGUUGAAGAAUCAACAGGAAGAGAAUGUCAAUCUUCAAAGUGAGAUUGCAUCAUUGAAGGAUGUAGUACAGAAAUUACAGACUCUAAAUGACCAACUAGAUGCACAGUGUACUGAACUGAGUGGCACUCUGCGCUCUUUAUCUGUGGAGAAUGCUAAGCUUUUAAGAGAGCAUCAGUCAUAUUUAAAGGAUGAACAAGAAAGAAUGGAGGAAAAGUUGCAUGAGCAGGAACUUUUACUGGAUGCAGCCAGAGCACAUAUUUCAGCUAAUCUACAGUGUGCAUUGAAUGAAAAACAAGAAUUAAAAAAAGAGCUAGAAGUUCUAAGAGUGGAGUAUAACAAGAUACAGCAGAAAUUUGAAACUGUGCAGAAAAAGACAAUAACACAACAGAAGGUUCUUGAGUCUGAAAUUGUUAACCUGAAAGAGAACGUAAAGACUUCAGUUAAAGAAUGUGAAUGCAUUAAACAAGAAAAAGAAGCCCAAAUGGACCAGGCAAAUUGCAUAAUUGAUAAUAUUACAAAGGAGAAGAACAUACUUGAGAAACAAGUUACAGAGAACCAGCAAAUGCAGCAACAGCUAGAGCAAGUCCUUGAAGAAGUAAAAAACAGUAAAAGCAAAUUAGCAUGUGAUAAAGAAAAGCUGCAGUCCAGAGUGCAGCAAUUACAGGAAGAACUGCAACACAGAUCUGAUGUAAGUUCUGAAAAUGUCCAGUUGCAGAAAGCUAACACGCUGCUUGAGACUAAGUAUUCUCAGGUACGUAUGCUUUUGGAGCAAAAGGAGAAAGAUUUUGCUGUGAUCAUAAAAUCUCAUGAUGAAGCACUUUGUGAAACACAAAAACUGAAAAAACAUAUAGAGAUGAUAGAAGGAAAAGAAACAGAGGAGAUUGUUAAUCUUCAACCAUAUUUAUCAGACUCUAAGCAAGAUAACAGUCAAAUGACUACAACUCUAAAGAAUGUGUUAAUAUCACACAGACAACACCACCAAACAAUCAAGAAGCUAAAAGCAGUACUUGGACAAAGAAUCAUGGAAGUAUAUACCUUGCAACAGGACAAAUCUCAAGCUCAGGUAAUUCUACAGAGUCUUCAUGCUGAGCUUGAAUAUUUACAGAAUCAGCUGGCUAACAUGGAAGCACAGCAUAGUAUUCAAGAGAUGCCUUUCCAAAAAGGACUAGAAGUUUGCAGACAAGAGAAUCAGAAACUAGCACAAAGCUUGGAACAGACUUUGCAUGCAAGCAAUAAUUUACAGAUCAAAUUAACUCAUCUCCAGGAUGAUUUGUACAAGAAAGAAAAUCAGCAAAUUCUGCACAACAGAGAACAAGAAGUUGAGAAUGCAAAAAUGGCAUCCAAAAUGUUCAAAGAACAAAUUGAAACUUUGAAAAAACAGUUCCAACGUGAGAAAGAGAUUGAAAGAAAAGCCAGUCAGAAAGAAGUAAUAGAACUGAGAAAAGCCCUUGAUGAAACCAUAUCCAAAUCUGCAGAACUGUCACGAGCUAAUAGAGAAUUACGAUUGAAAGUUACUGAAUCAGAGAAGAACUUAAAAUGUUUGAAGGCAAAGAUCAAAGAUCAGAAAACACAGCUGAAACACCAUCUGGAGACCAAAAAAACUGCUGCUCAAAAUACAGAAAGAAUCAAGGAAUUUGAAGCUGAGUUACAGCAGAUGGAAAUAAUGAAAGAUCAAUAUCAGAAAAAAAACAAUGAACAGUCUCAAUUGAUUUUAAAGUUUAAGACAGAGAUGCAGAUUUUACAAGAGGAGCUUCAGAAUCUGACAAAAAGUCAAAAUGAGGCAGUGUCUCACCGUAGACAACAAGAAAUACAGUUAAGGAAAGAAUGUGAGCUUAGUCUAGAGCUGAAAAGAAAAUGUCUGGGUCUUGAGGAGAAAGUAAGAAACCUAGAAAAUUGCAGAGAAGAAACUGAAAGCAGAUUGAAAGAAGCCAGUUUGGAAUCACAGCAGAUCAGUGCAAACCUGGAGGAAGCGCAUCAAUGGUUUAAGUCCAAGUUUGUCAGUCUGCAAGCAGAACUUAUAAAGUCUCAUGGAAUGGAUACAUCAAAGCAACAAUUGUGCAAUGGAGAACAUUUCAUGAAGAAUGGCAGAGCAUUAUGUUUCAAAUCAGGACAAACUUCAAAGUGAUUUGGAGGAAGAUAUGAGCCAGUGUCACAGAUGUCAGAAUCAUGACCAUCAUCAUGGAAGUAAAUACGAUAGUUUAUGGACAAUAUGGAGGGAUCACGGUUUCCUGCCAUAAAGUCAUUGCAGAUUCUUUUCAUACAUCUCUUCUCAAUAUCCAGAUGUGCAAUGAACAUGAACUUCACUGUGCAACACCAAGAGAAAUUGACCAUCAUGCAUUGCUUUUGAUCUUUCAAAGAUUCUAUCAUUCAAGAGGGCCUGUGCACAAUCCUUAAAUUUGGCUGCCCUUAGAAAUACAUCUGCAGUAUCAUGACAGGCAAGCAGUGUUUCUAAUCAAAGGCUGCACAAAAGACUCAAAUACAGUGCAGGCUUAAGUCUAGCAUCAUCAAUAUUUCUUGCCAGAAUAUCACACUUCACCUGUAAAAUCAUUCUUGCUUUCAAACUAAAGCUGUGCAGUCUUAUGAAAUUUUGGGGAUCAAUUUCUCAUAUGUCUGCCAUUCUUAAAUAUUUUCCAGGUCAGAAUAAGUUCCAGGAUUUCUCCAUGCAUAAUACACUUCUCCUUUAAGACACGCAUGAAAAGUUGGCAAUGUCUUUAAAGAUAGUGUGACUCCAUAUGCUAGGUUAGUGCUGCUGUGUAUUGUAAUCAGGGUACCUAGAAUGUUAAUCUACAAAAAGGCAUCAGAACCAAUUGACAUACUGUAAUUACACUUCAAGGUCCCUAAUAUCUCCAGGGAAAUAUAUAGAUUUGGCCCAGCUAAUAAAUUGAUCCAGGUUAUUGAUCCAUGAUGGUGAGAAAACAGUUUCUGCAAAAUUUGUUAGCAAAAUGUAAUAAAAAGAACUGGAUUUUCAGACUUUUAAUUACUCCUGGAGAAGCUAAUAAUUUGAAACAAGUUCUUCAAAAAUAACCGGUUUCCAAAUUGCUACACACAACUGCAACUUCUCUCUUCUCUGUUCUUUUUCCAUUCACUAUUCUGGCUCCUCGCUUACCCCUUCUCCUCACCUGCCCAUUACCUCCCUCUGGUAUGCCUCCUCCUUCCCUUUCUCCCAUGAUCCAAUGACCACUCCUAUCAUAUUCCUUCUUCAGCCCUUCCAACUAUCACUUCCAGCUUCUUACUUCAUCCCCCCUCCCCUUUUCUGGUUUCACCUAUCACCUGCCAGCUUGUACUCAUUCUGCUUCCCCUACCUUCUCUCCCCUUCAUUUCCUGUCCUAAUGAAGGACCUGUUUAUUCCUCUCCAUGGAUGCUGCCUGACUUGCUGAAUUCCUCCAGCAUUUAGUGUAGGUUCCUCAAUAUUUUCAGCAUCUACAGAAUAUUGUUUAAUAUUAUGUUUUAUUUGCCUUGCAUUUUAAAAUGCACUUUACAUGCCAUGUUACAGUGGGACAAACUGAAAUGUUUAAAAUUUUAAUACAAUAAAAUUUGCAUAAAAUCAUAUAGAAAAACAUAAUGAUUUCAAGAUUUACAUUUGCUCUGUGAUAAAUACUAUCUCUGGGAACAAAGUAAACUAUUUUAUUAUCUAUUAUGCUGCUGUAGCUGUUGAUCAGUAACUUGAGUUCUACUAUUGUUUUUAUAAAUUGUAAUGUCUUUAAUACCAUUUCCUUAAAUUCUAUAUUUAAGUAUUUUAAAAGCCUG